CAGAGGGAGGCUCGGACUGCUCUUGGCCGGAGCCGGCGCCAGGCGGGGGUGGUGCGAUGAGCGGUUGGAUGGCGCGGGGCCGAGCGCAGCGGGCUGCGGCCCUGGGCCUAGCACUGCGGGUACUGCUCAGCUUCGGGCUGGGCCUGGAAGCCGCCCCGACCUCGAUCCCGACCUGGUCCUUGACCCAGGCCCCAGGCCCCAGCACAGCCUCGUGCCCGCCCACCAACUUCCAGUGCAGGAGUGAUGGCCGCUGCGUGCCCCUCACCUGGCGCUGCGACGUUGACCAGGACUGCGUCGAUGGCAGUGAUGAGGAGGAGUGCAGUAUUGAGCCGUGUGCCCAGGACGGGCAGUGCACGCCACCCACUGGCAGCCCCUGCUCUUGUGACAGCAUCGAUGACUGCCCUGAUGGCAUCAACAAGAAUGUUCUCAACUGCGGGCACCAGCCCUGCCCGGAGGGGGAGCUGCGCUGCCCGCUGGGCGGUUCCUGUAUCCCACGCACGUGGCUCUGCGAUGGCCACCCGGACUGUUCCGACUCCAGCGAUGAGCUUGGCUGUGGAACCAAGACCCUCCAAGAAGGGAGUGCCACGUCCAUGGGGACCCCUGUGACCCUGGAGAGUGUCACUUAUCUCAGGAAUGCCACAGUCACCUCUGCUGGGGACCGGGACUCAGUUCAGUCUGGAAACCGAAGUGCCUAUGGGAUCAUUGCAGCCGCUGACGUGAGAACAACGGCCAGCAUCAAGGGAGUGGCUGAUCGGGGUCACGAACUUGAGUUCUCAAAAUGUCCGGGAAGGUUUUCUGCCACUGUGGGAAGGUGCCUCUGAUAACAGCCCAAAGAUGAAGGAUUUAAGGAAAUCCACAAUUCUCUCCCUGGCCAACCAUUCACACAUGGACUCCCCUUGAGGUGCGAAUGUCGGCUAUCUCGCUCGCUAUCCCAAGAGCCCGGCUGCAGCUGGGCAAGAGAGCCUACUGCGUGAUCGAGCUUGCUGCCAGAUAAUGAAGCAGUGGUCGAGGUGGGCCAACUUUCCACCAACAGCUGCUGGGGAGCUGCAGUGGGGCCCAGCUGUCCUGAUGAGCCCGAAUAGCUUCUCCUGUUCCCAAGAUUUAAGACAAGUGCCCCAACCCCACACUGGUCCCCGCUUGCAAAGUUUGUUCAUUCAUUUGUUUGUCCAUCCAUCCAUCCAUCCACCCACCCACAGUCUCCAUCUACUCAUCUGUUCAUCAAUCCACCUAUUCAUCUGUUCAUCCACUCAGCCAUAUCGUCUGCUUGCCCAGCUGUACACCUACCCAGCCAGCCAGCCUGCCAUCUAUCCAUCCACCCACCCAUCCACUCGUCUAUCCGUCCACCCACCUACCUUUCCAUCUUCCCAUCCA